AAAAACCACAUAAAACCCUACCACCUCAAAGAACAAAAACCCAUUAAAAGACUAGUCCUGUGCUUUUUAUCUUCUUCUUCUCAAACACUUUGUUAAAUUACUGACAGAGAUAGCUGAAGUGAAGAGGAAAGAAAGAAAAUGGAGCAAGUGGCAGAGAGGGAAGCCGAAGAGUUGACGCUGGUCGCAAGAAAGCCUUGCUUUGAUCUCCCAACUGCUUGCCCUCUUUGUUUACCCGUUUUCAUCUAUCUCAAGCUUGCCCACAUUCCCUUUCGUUUGUCUUUCAAUUCCAUCUUCCCUGAUUCAGACCAAAUUCCUUAUGUUGAAUCUGGUGUUUAUGUUGCCUACAAUAAUGAGAACGGUGGGGUUAUUGAUCGUUUAAAGCAAGAUGGUAUUGUUGAUCUGGACUCUGAAUUCGAAUCUGUCCCUGAUUGGAUAUCAACAAAAGCAAUGAUUAGCUCUUGGCUAGCUGAUGCAAUGAUGUAUGAGCUAUGGGUGGGGUCUGAUGGAAGAUCAGCCUACAAGAUUUAUUAUUCUGAUCUUUCCUGGCCAAUAGGAAAAAUUCUAUUCCUAAAGCAAGUAUAUAUCAUAAAACAGCGUCUUGGAAUAACUAAAGACAAUGCCGAGCAGAGAAAAGAUGAGAUUUACAAGAGAGCAAAAAUUGCUUACUGCGCUCUGUCUACUAGGUUAGGAGAACAGAGCUUCCUCUUUGAUGAUAGGCCAUCAAGUUUGGAUGCAACUUUUCUUGGACAUGCUUUUGUCACCCUUCAUGCAUUACCUAACACAUCAGUGCUUCGAAGCAAACUCUUGGAGCAUGAUAAUAUUGUCAGAUAUGCCGAAAAACUUAAAAUGGAGUUGAUUGAGUCUGGUUCAUCAUCUACUGGUGCACAAUUUCACUCGGUCCCUUCAUCAUCAGCUCCGAGAAAAGGUCCCUCAAGUUGGAGUUCAAAGCCAAAGAGCAAGCCCAAGAAGGAGAAAACAGAGGAGGAGAAAACAUUCAAGAGGAGGGUAAAAUAUUUUUUAGCAGCCCAGCUACUCUCAGUUCUACUUUUUCUCUCUUUGAUGGGUGGAUAUGAUUCUGGUGACGUGGAGCUCUACGAUGAUGAUGAAGGCCUCGCUUUAGAUUGAGACAAUCUCCCAUUUUCCUACAAACAUGGUCCUCAUUACUUAUAUUUUUACAUGAUUACCGAGAAGGCUAGUAAUCUGUUGAGGUUGAAUUUGUAAUAUUGUAUUACAAUGUGGAAAAUAAGAAUAUUAAUUUAAAU